AUGCCAAAAGAUCCUAAUAAUGAUACUGUUUGGAAUAUGCCAAAAGAUCCUAAUGAUAAUACUAACCAAGGAAUAUCACAAACUAUGGAACCAGAUCUUUUUGAUCCUGAACUUUCUUUAGAUCAAUUGGAUUAUUCUGAAGAAGCUUUUCUUUCAUUCUCUUCUCAAUCUAUUGAA